AUAAAACUGACACUAUUGACAUUUAUACAAUUAUAUGUUAAGGAGUUCAAUUUAAUUACAAAUCCAAAUAAUUUGUUUUUCUAAAUUUUGCAAUGUCGUGUAACCAGUGCAGCACCAAAUUUAAUUUUUUCCAUAAAGAAGUGGGUUGUGCCAACUGCGGUUUAUCAUUUUGUAGCAAAUGUGUUAAACAAAAAUCUAAGAUUCCUUCGAAAGGUGACGAAGAAUACAACAUUUGUAAGAAAUGUUUCUUACAACUAAGCUCAGGAUCUUUAAAGAAAAGUAAUAGGCCUCCUCCCGAUUUAUAUUUGAGAAGAUUAGAAAAUUUGGAAAAUCCUGCGGCGCCACCUAUAACUGUAUACAAAACUGACCCUAAAAUUGAAUCAUUACGCAAAGGUCUUUCGUCUGUUGAUCAGAAGUUAUUAGAAAGAUUAGAGAAAUUGAAAGAUGACGGUAAAGGACCACCUCCAACAGAAGCUGAAAUAAGAGAAAGAUUACAGAAACUUAAAGGAGAAAAUGAAUAUGUAGAAGGUCCAAGUAAACCUUUAUACACUAUGGAUUUAAGAACGGAUCGUGAAAAAGCAGAUUCUCUUCUAGAACAAUUUAUGAGUGAAAGAGACAUUGAACUUUCUCACCAAAACCUAGAAGAUAUUGAAACUAGAGUCGCUGCACUAAGAGAAAAAGGAGUGAGGCCAAAUGAGGGAACAUACAUAAAGAAUUUGCACGAUUUCGGCGGAUCUGAAGAAGUUGACAAAAUCACUAAAAAGAUAAUGGAUGAAGUAGCCUUAGAUGAAAAACUCCCAGCUGCUGCACUAUCUACCUCAAAAGCAACCGACGAGGAAGACGAAUUUAACGACUCCCCUCAACUUCCGUGGUGCGUUUUAUGUAAUAACGACGCGAAAUACAGGUGCAUCGAUUGCGAUGGCGAUUUAUAUUGUAGCUCGUGUAACAAAGAAGUCCACAAAACUUGGGGCGAUACAGAUCACCACGUCGUUCCUUUUAAACCAAAAUAAGUUGAGUAAUAUACGAAAAAGGGAGAUGGUAGAAAUUAUAUAUGAUUUCAGUAGUUUUAUACUUCAAAAUCACAUUCUCAGGAUAGGAAGAAGAUAAAAAUCUUGCGGUUUUUUCAUUCUGCUGCUAGUUUUGUAAAAUACGCUAUUAACUGCUUACAUAUUAGGCUUAACAAUGUGAUAAAUAAAAUUUAUUUCCUUUUUUA